CGGUUGCGUCCCUCCCCUUAUCCCGGCCCGGCGCGCGGGAUCGCGGUGGCUGUGGCAGAUCCCGGGAUUUUUCUCUCCCCGGCCCGGCUUUAUCCGGGUUGCCGGGGGCUUCCGGGCGGUGCUCCAGGAUGUGGAAGCUGGUGCCCGCCUCGGGAAAAGGAGAGCCAUACCGGCUUUUAAGCGGUGUAGAAUACCUUGUUGGACGCAGGAACUCCGCAAUUUUAAUUCAGGAUGAUCAGUCUAUCAGUCGAAGUCAUGCAGUUCUGACUGUAAGUCGUCCUGAAACAAGCCCUAGUCAGUCUCUCUCAGUACCUAUAUUAACAGUAAGAGAUACAUCCAAAUAUGGUACUUUUGUUAAUGGAUCAAAACUCAAUGGUACUUCAGUAUCUUUGAAGUCUGGUGACAGAAUCAAUUUUGGAGUCUUUGAGAGCAAGUUUAGAGUGGAAUAUGAACCUUUGGUUGUCUGCUCCUCGUGUUUAGAUGUAGCUCAGAAAAAUGCUUUAAAUCAAGCCAUCCAGCAGCUUGGAGGCCUUGUAGUGAAUGAAUGGACAAAAGAAUGUACCCACCUUGUAAUGGUAUCAGUAAAAGUUACUGUUAAGACUAUAUGUGCUUUGAUUUGUGCUCGACCAAUUAUAAAACCAGAGUUUUUUUCUGAAUUAAUCAGAGCUGUUCAGUCCAGGCAACAGUUGCCAAAUCAUGAAAGCUUUUAUCCUCCAGUUGAUGAGCCUUCCAUUGGCAGUGACAACUUGGAUUUAUCUGAGCAUUGUGAAAGGAAAAAAAUAUUCAGUGGAAAAACUUUUGUAUUUCUAACUGCCAAGCAGCACAAGAAACUGGGUCCAGCAGUUGUUCUUGGAGGAGGGGAAGUAAAGUUGAUGACAGAAAGAAGAAAAGAAAUGCCUUUACUGCUUUCUCCUGAAGUUUGUGUAGUUGAUGUGGGUUUGGCAAACUCUCAGAUCUCAGGAUCUGACUCUAUGACAAACUGGACUGAUUCCAUUCUGACUGACUUGGAAAGCAAGAAUCUUAGGGCUAUUCCAGAGGCAGAAAUUGGAUUGGCAGUUAUCUUCAUGUCUACAGAAAAAUACUGCAACCCUCAAAAGCAGCCUGCUUCCAAAGCUCUUGCAGCUGUACCUGAAAGUUCUGCAUCAGCUGUCGUAGGCCGAGCCAUUUCGCAGAGUCUGGCUGUGGAUGAAACCGUAAUGCCAACUGCUGCAGAUAGCAGCCCCUUAUACAUAGCUGAUACAGAGGAGCAGACAUGUAUGGAGAUAGAGAAUACUUCCCAGGUGCAUAGACAAAAGAAAAUGGCUUUCCAGGAUACAACUGGAAAGAAAAACAGUGGCACAAGUGGCAGUGUAAAUGCAGGAACAUCGAUACCUAGAGGGAACAGAACAUCUGGGCUCAGUCAGAGAAGUCAGCCUGUCUCGCCAUCUAAAAUUCCAGAAGCUGGCAAACCUCGUGAGAGUGCUGCACGUCACCAGUCGAACUCAAUUACAAAUUACUUCCAGGUUUCUAGAAAAAGGGAAAGAGCUGAAGAAGAAGAAACAUCUGUACCCAAAAUAGCAAAAUUGGAGGAAAGGUCAUCACCUCUUCCCAAGUGCACUGAAUCCACAACUUCAUUGAUCUGCAACAGUGAAGCAAAACAGCAUCAAAAGAAAAAUAACAUCCUCGACCCAAACCCAAAUUUUGCAGAAGACAGGGGUAUAAAGCCUAUGAGGGAAAGUGUCAAACUAACAAGUGAUAGAACAGACACUGAAACCACUUCUAGUGAAAAUCAUGCACCAAAAAAAAGAAAGGAAUUAGAUGAUUUAUCUAAAGAUACAGAAGCACUAGAAAUUGUGUUUGGAAGUGGAGAUAUAGACUGGGAAGAUCAAAUUGCAGAUCAUGACCAGGAAGCUCAGAGAAGUAAACGAAAAAGACAGUGUUUGGAAGCCAAAGGAAGCAGGAUUCCAGAAGUAAAUGUAAAUCAGCAAGAGGAGAAUAAAGUAUUGAAAGAAGAGGAACUUGGAUCAGUUCUAUCUUCAGAAAUGAAAAGCAAUAUCAAGCAAGAGUCUCCAGUGUUGAACCACAGCAAACUGCAAGAUGACUCCAGCAAUCUUCCUAGCAGGCUUCUGUUGACAGAGUUCAGAUCACUGGUUGUCAGCCAUCCAAGACAGAACAGUCAUCUCUCUGGAAAUAACAGCUAUGGGGGAAAGAAAAAUUUCAAAAUGUUCAAAAAGGUAGCUUACCCUGGGGCAGGUCAACUUCCACACAUUAUUGGAGGAUCAGAUUUGAUUGCUCACCAUGCGAAAAAGAAUUCAGAGCUAGAAGACUGGUUAAGGCAAGAAAUGGAGGAACAGAACCGACACGCAAGAGAAGAAUCACUUGCUGAUGAUCUCUUUAGAUAUGAUCCUAAUGUGAAAAGAAGAAGAUAAAUUGUGACCUGGAUUUAUAGUGUUUCUCUGGCAAAACCUGCUUUCUGUUCCUUAGGUUUCCUGGUUACAGUGUGUAUGAUGUUCCUAUAUAUGACCAUUUGAAUAUCUCUUAUUGUAAGAUAUGUUUUCUAAGUCUUGCUUUUAUUAAAGAAAAAGAAAAGUUCCUUUCA